AAAUCAGUACGCGAACGGUCGCGCAAACAACGCAUCGCAACCGCCGAUGGUGGUAUGGUGCUGCUGCUGAUUAUCAGCUGAUUCGCAAAGCGAAAGAAGAUUCGUUUAUCACGCCCGGGUAGAGUACUCCGAUCCGGUGUUAGACGCCCAUUCGUAACGCUACUGCUGCAGCGAGCAGGAAAGAAACCUCGGUUUUGGGCCCCCUUCUCCCUUGUCAACACCAUUCCCAAGGACAUUCCCGGGCAUAUCACAAAAUGUUGUCCAAGCUUGUGAGCGACUUUGGUGAGCUGCCGGUGUCCCAGAAGGCCCUGCUGGUAGCGGCCGGUGUCGGCAGUAUCGCACUGCUAUCUGCCGGUGGUUAUCUGGUGAAGAAGCGGAUCGAAAACACUCCACCGAAGCAAUGGCGCAAGGCGGGCGAGCUGGCCGAGCUGUACGUGUACCCGAUCAAGUCCUGUGCGCCGAUUAUCAUGCAGCAGGUCGACUGUGCGGACCUUGGACCGCAGCGCAAUUUUCUGCGCGAUCGCAUCUUCAUGGUAACUAACCCGUCCGGGGCCUUUGUCACGGCACGGAUGAAACCGAAGAUGGUGCUGAUACAGCCCCGGUUUGAUGAGCGGUACGAGACAAUGUUCCUGACCGCACCCGGUAUGCCGGAGUUGCGGGUCGAUGUGCGUAACCUGGCGGCAGGUCCUGCUGGGUCGUCCGAGUCGGAAACCGGGGACUCCGUCCGGAGUACGGUGUGGGGUGAAAGCGUGCCAACGGUUGACUGUGGUAAUGAGGUAGCUCGUUGGUUUUCACGCUAUCUGCUCGAUAAGGAGGAAGGGUACCGGUUGCGGUACUAUCCGCUGCCGUACACUAGCCGCCAGAGGAACGGUAGCGAUACGGGUUCGCUGCAGGACGAAACGAGCUACAUGCUGUUUAAUGAGGCGAGCGUGACGGACCUGAACCGCCGGCUCGACAACAAGGUGACGGUGCUCCAGUUCCGGCCGAACUUUGUCGUCCGCGGACCGGAAGCGUACGCGGAAGAUCGUUGGCGCUGGGUACGGAUCGGGGAGGUGGUGUUCCGGUACGAGAUACCGUGUCUGCGGUGCGUCUUCACCACCAUCGAUCCAACAUCCGGUGUGGCGCAUCCGGAUAAGGAACCGUUGCGGACGCUCAAGCAAUACCGUCAGAAGCCGGAGUACGGUGAAUCACCUGCCCUCGGCAUUCAUCUUGGAUUGCGCCGUGCCGGCACAAUCAAGGUGGGCGAUCCGGUGUACUUCGCCUAAAUCCGUUUUCUUUCGUUUCGAUUUUCGGGAGCUCACACACACACACAAAGACAGGACCGUACAGGGCGUACCGUAUCAGGGUUGAUAGCCGUGUGAUAGUGCAUUUAAAUUAAAAAUAAAGCAUAAAAAGCAUACAAACACACA